AUGGCAGACAUCACCAAUUUGGAUCAGGACUUGAAAGUCUCGCGAAUCAACAAGUACCGCAACCCGCAACUCCAGCUGGACGUCAAGACAUGGCUAGUGCAGGUGAUGGGGUCUGCGGUGGACGAACAGCAGCUCGCCUCCACCGACCUUGUUGAGUUCCUUAAAUCAGGCGCAGUCUUGUGCACUUUGAUCAAUUGUGUCUGGGGGCCAAAUACGCUACCAGUGAAAAGCAGCAAGAUGGCGUUUGUGCAAAUGGAGUCAAUUGAGUUGUUUUUGAACUUUAUCAAGUCGCAAGGCGUGCCGCAAGACGAGCUGUUCCAGACAGUAGACCUAUUUGAAUAUCAAGACCCAUACCAAGUGGUGAUGGCAAUUCAGGCGCUUUCGAGAUUGAUCCAUAAAAAGUUUGGAGACAAGUACCCGUACAUCGGGCCGACGAUCGCAACCAAACACGAGCGCCCAAAGGUGCCUCCGAAGCCUCAAAAGUUCUCAGCCACAUCCGGCAUGCCGUGGAGCACGAUGGAGUACGGCUAUACAAAGGGCAGCAACCAAAAGACAGAAAAGGUCGUUUUCGGUGCAAGAAGAGAUAUCGUGAACCAUUAA